AUGGACCAACCUUUAAAUAAUCCAGUCCAAUAUCAUAACCUUGAUUCUUACAAUUACAAUGAUGAUUCCUUUUCCGUGACUAACGAAAACAUUUAUCAAACACCUUGUGAAAAUGAUUAUUCUCUUGAUACUUUUGGUUCAGCUUCUCAGUAUUGUCCAAUGAUUUCCUCUUACGAAUCACAAUAUAUCAACAACCAUGAUGAUAUUAGUGAACAAGGAACCUUAAAUCAGAAUCUACCACAGUCUAUUGGCUCAUCUCAACCACAAAUGAAUCAAUGUGCAAUCUUUAGAUUCGAAAUUCCUGGAUUUGAUAUAAUUAUUAGACCAAAAUCCAACUCAUCCAUGGAUUUUAAUUAUCUGGACACACAAUAUCAACUUCAACAAGAUCAAUCCUAUCCUUCCGUCGUAACUACGUCAUCGCCAAAUCAAAAUUUCAUCUCUGCAAAUUCUGUAAAUCCUAUGAAUAUGCAAAAUCAUCAUAUUAUUCAUAACGAUAAUAUUUUUUACAGUCAAUAA